AAUAUGUUAUUAUUAUAAUAAUGAAAGGGAUAAUGAAUCAGGUUCAUCACCACAAAUGCAAGUGAGAAAAGAAAUGUCAUUUAACAAGAAAAAAGAGGACAAUAGGGUCAUCAAGCAUAUACAUAGUAAGAAGAAUUUUUCACCUCCAUGUGAAAAAUGCAACAAAAAGAUAAAAGAAGGGGUUCAAGAUGGAAAAGAUUCAAUUAGUACGGUACUUUCAUCAGAUGAAGGUUAUAUAGUUUUCAGCUUUAGAGAAGAUGGAGCAUUUGAUAUUGUCAUUGAUUGCAAUGCUGCUGCCAAGUCUGAGUCUUUUACAACUGUUGUUGAUGGAAAGAAUCAAAACUCAAGGCCAGUUAUUCGAAAGCUUGAUUAUGGUGAGGAUGCAGAACAAGUUAGGAACCAUCACAUAGAGGAAAAUGUAUCAAAUGUAAAUCAACAUGAUCAAGAUUACAUGACCACUGUUAAAGAGGGUGAGACAAAAGAGACCAUAAAUUUGAGUCGAAAUCAACACUUAGAGAACAACAGAAGAUCAUAUCCUAGAGAAGAGAUUGAAGAUCAUAAGUUGGUGUGUAUUGAUUCAAGGGACUCUCAUCACUCCGAAGGAAGUAGAGGUUCUUUUGCGUUCCCUAAGUUAGGUUGGGAACUGAUUGGAAGUCCUGUCAAAAUGCCAAAAUCAAAAGAUCUUCAUCUAAAGAAGCAUAAGAUUCGAUUUGUGCGAUUUCAGUGUUGUGGAUUCUGAUGGCUUCAUUUUUUAAUUUUCCUAUUUUUAACUUUUCAAGAAUGAAUUCUUUUGUGCAGAGUAGUUCAUUAGAAAAUGUCAUUCAACAUUUGUCAGUAUAUAUAUCUAACUAGCAAACUAAGUUGAUUGAUGAGUUGGUUUG